AUGGCCUGGAGCGCGACAGCUUCCAUGGGCCCCAACCAGCUACUCGAUGCUAUCGAUCGUGCAAGUCGUGCUGGCGUUGGCUUGGAAGCGAACGUCAGCGAAGUGGGUUUGGCCCAAAGACAGCAGCUUUGGGAGCGUUUGAGCUGCAGGUGUCAAGCGUUAAUGCUGUGCCUUUCGCCUCAGCAGCUUUGCCGCGCACUCUUCGGUUUCCACCGUGCUCGCUGCCACGAUGAGGAGCUCCUGGCCUCGGCUUCCGAGGCACUUCUGUCUGAUGACGGGGCCGUCUAUGACGAGUCCUACAACCCUGGCGAUCUAGAAGAUGAGUUCGGUGUGCAGAAGCUCGGCACACAUGCGGUACUGACGGCCAACGAUGUCGCCAUGCUGCUGAAGGCCUUUAGCCGUUUCGGGUACACAAAGAAUCCGGCAGCCAUG